AUGGCCAGGUCUCUGCUGCUAUUGACGGGCUGCCUACUGAUGUGGAGCCUGGUGUCUUCUCUGGAUGAUCAGCAAGCGAUAAAAGUGAAGUCUGGAGAUGAUGUUAUUCUUCCAUGUCACAGUCCCACCAGAAAUGAAGCCAUCGUACUGUUAGAGUGGAGCAGAUCUGACCUGAUGACAGAGAUAAAUGGGUACGUCUUGUUCGUCAAAGAGAACCGUCAAUACAAUGCCUUCCAGUAUCCGUCUUUUCGUGGUCGAGUGCAGCUGCAGGAUCCAGAUGUGAAGGACGGAGAUGUUUCUGUGACUCUGAAGAACGUCAACAUCAGCGACACUGGAACAUACGAGUGUCAUGUUAUAUCCGGCAACAGAGAGACAGCAGGCAGAGAAACAGACCACAGUGAGCUCAUCCAGCUGACCGUCACUGAGUCAGGAUGGAGGGAAAUCUACAAGGAUGGAGGCCAUGUUGGUCUUGCUGCUAUUGUUAGUUUUAUGAUCGUCAUGAUCUUCAUGAAAGGAAUAAAAAGAUGUAUAUACCGCCCUCCUGCUGAGAAGAUAGGUAACCAACAGCAGGUCUGA